CCCAGCCUGAGGCAAUCCGGGGCUGUGGGGUGGGUUUGGUGCCAGUUCCCUCUGGGACUGACGGUUAUUCCCAAACCAUUCCCAAACCAUUCCCGAAUCAUUCCCGAACCAUUCCCGGGUUCCCCGCACGCCCAGAGGACGCCUACAAGAUCCGGAUCCGCAUCGACGACGAGCCCGCCAACCUGGACAUCCUGGACACGGCGGGGCAGGCGGAGUUCACGGCCAUGAGGGACCAGUACAUGCGGGCCGGGGAGGGGUUCAUCAUCUGCUACUCCAUCACCGACCGGCGCAGCUUCCACGAGGUGCGCGAGUUCCGGCAGCUCAUCUACCGCGUGCGCCGCACCGACGACACGCCCGCCGUGCUCGUGGGCAACAAAUCCGACCUGGCCCAGCUGCGCCAG